AUGGCGACUCAACUACCAGCCGAGUCGCCGCUACAGUUAGGUGAGAAGAAUCUGCUUUCCGCGCUGCACGUCUCAAAGACACAACUCGGCCUCUGUUACCCCGGCGGAACCUUUGAGUGCAUACCAGCAGCCGACAACUUUACUUGUGCCUGCUAUGACGGUUUCCAGGGUCGGUACUGCGAAAAACGACGGGACUUUUGUGCCGAGGCUGGUGUAAGUGACAGAAGUCCAGUAAAAGCUGGCAAAUUUGACUCUAACAACUUCUUACCACAUUCUGCUGACUUUUGGCAAUGUUCUGGUGCUGCACUAGCGCGAACUUUUAAUGAUUUUCCUUUUCUUUUCUUUGCACUUUGCCUCAAUGGUGGUGUAUGCCGAAACAGACCCUUCAAGACAGACCCGUUUGAAUGUAUUUGUCAGCCUGGUUUCAGUGGGCCUCGAUGCGAACAAGCGGUGCCGGCUUGUGACUCCAAUCCCUGCAUGAAUGGAGGCCGUUGUGAGGUAAUAAGAAACACCGACUCCCUCUCCGGCAAGCCAAGCAAUAAGCUUCAAUGCAUAUGUCCGGAGGGGCUGGGUGGAGCCUCCUGUGAAUGUUCUGUCGCCGGCGCUUGUCUCAAUGGUGGUCAGUGCAUUGACGGACCCGGCAACUUUACAUGCGAAUGUGCCGAUGUACUGUUAUUACUGUCACUGUUACUACUACUGUUACUAAUAAUACUACUUUUACUACUACUGUUACUACCACUACUAUUAUUAUUAUUACUAAUACUGCUGUUACUACUACUAAUAUAA